CAGCAGGAAGCCAGGAAGUCGCCUGCCUUCCUGUCUGUGACAGCCGCAUCGCUCUCCAGCUCCACUUCAUUUCUUUUUCCUUGGACCGAGACCCCCUCCCCUAAACAAAACCCACCGCAGACAUGUCGAAAAACACCGUGUCCGCCCGUUUCAGGCGAGUCGACGUGGACGAGUACGACGAGAACAAGUUUGUGGACGAAGAGGACGGAGGAGAAAACCAGCUGGGUCCUGACGAGGCAGAAGUGGACUCCCUCAUCAGACAUCCCCGCACAGGAAAUCUCAUGGAGGCUUUACAAGCAGUCCUGAAGAACCCACCAAUCAACACGAAGAACCAGAACGUCAAGGAUCGUGCCGAGGGCCUGGUGCUGAAGGUGCUCAGUGCCUUUAAGAGCAGUGACAUCGAGAAAGGGGUGCAGUCGCUCGACAAAAACGGCGUGGACCUGCUGAUGAAAUACAUCUACAAAGGCUUUGAGAGGCCGUCCGAAAACAGCAGCGCGGUCCUGCUGCAGUGGCACGAAAAGGCUCUGGCUGUGGGAGGCGUGGGCAGCAUCGUCAGGGUACUAACGGCAAGGAAGACGGUCUAAAAGUGGAGCAGCGAGGCACUUCACGUCACAUUACUGCACUGUUCAUGUACCAGAUGGCGAAACCCAACGAGGUCCUGAUUCGCUCGAGGCUAAAAUACAACCUUCAAUCUGGGCCACGUCAAGUUAAAAUCAGACUUUCUUCUUCAUUAUCGGGAACUAAAUUGUACUAAACCAGUAGCUUUACGCCUCGUGUGUGUGCCGACUCCCCCGCCCCCCCAGUAGUGCUCUAACACCUGCAUCACCUGCCAAACAUGAUCCCCGUAAAAAAGCCUCAUCUGCUGGUUAAAACCAAAAACACUUGAGGUGCAUUCACAUUUUGGAUACCACAGUGACACACUCCAGUGAUGUGACUUUUAAGAUUAAUCCUGCACUCACUUUGACCCCCCCUCUGUGUUAUUUCUGCAUCAGAGACUCCCUGAUGGAAUAAAAGCGGUAAAUCCUCUCAGAGUAACACUCUGCAGCGGGAGUCUCCUGAAAAGCACAGUCACAGAUGGGAGGUGAAACGUCUGCCCACGGGGGUAGGCAUUCACCUCGGGGAAGGGGGGGGUUAUUACCCACGAUGCAUCGCUACCACCACUCUGAUUAAUCCCACUUUACUGUUCCCCCCCACAUCACACGCGCCUUCUGCUACUGAACAGGGCAUUAUGUUGGUACUGUUUAUAAGAGCUGUAUUUUCUCUUUCAUGUCAGGAAAACCUCAUCACAGCAAGAAUAUGUGCUUAUAAUUCUUUUUUCUUUUUAAUUUAAACUAAAAAACAAUCAGGCUUAAAGAUUUUCCUAUUUCUUAUUAUUGCGAUUAAUGACGGUUUUCUGCCUCAAAGCCAAAUUAAACACUGUUAAUAGGUUUGAUGCUUCUCAGUUACAAAAAAAAUCUAACAUUUUUUUAUUUUCUAUUAAUAGCAAUGGGAUCUAAUUAAAUGGAGAAUAUAAAUGGUUUGCAUGACCCAAUUUUUGAGACUUUUUGAGCAUUUCAUACCUGUGUUUCAUACUCUAGGAGAAAAUCAGUGUUUUUCUUCUCUUUUUGUCUUUUUUUUUUCUUUCUUUGUAUCAUGUUUUGAGUUUAAAUCCAACGCCUUUGGAUUUUUAAAAACAAAACCCACCUCACAGAGUGCAGAAAAAUGUACUUUUACUACCACAUAACCUGGCUGGAAGUUGAAUUAGCGUUUUAUAUGACGAUGAAAAUGGGAAUGUUGAUGUUUAUCUGCCCCAUCAGGUAGAUUACAACUGUUGCCAAAUGAUAUUUUUCUUUCAUUUGAAUUAUUUAGCUUAUAUCUGUGAUUUAGUUGUUUCUUUUCUUUCUUUAAGGACACAGUAGACCUGUCACCUUACAGGAUAAAUUAAUAUAAAAGCAAACAGGGUUUGAGUCAGGAUGUAACAGUUUUGAAUGAGAGCUUCCUCAGCGUUGCUCUCGUGGACGACAGUGAUGGGAGGAAUUUGGUUUCAGUGUUUUUGCUUGCUUCUGUUUAUUUUCCAGACUAAGUACAAGUUAUUCAUAGAUUUUCAAAAUUGUUGAUUUUUUUUUUCCAUUGUUUUACUCACCUGUUGAUAUUCAAACAUGUCUUGUCAUGUUUAAAUCCUGUCAUCGCCGACGGUGCAUCCGGACAUUAGAUUGCUCUUCUAAUGUGGUAAGGACGUGAUGCACGUGAGGACAGAGAGGGGUGCCGAGGGCCUCCGCUUCAUGUAACCGGUCUGUGAGGCUCGUGGGGCGAGGGAGCAGAACAAACUGAUGUACAAACUGCCUUACUCAAAUAUUCCUUUUUUUAUGUUUGUGGUUUUUUGAAGAAAAUAAAAGGUAUGAAUGCUGA